CAAAUUCCCAAAUCCCAAAACCUUGAAUCGAGCCUCCAUUAAAGCUGUAUCUCCUCCGCCCUCUCUCUUUCUCUCUCAACAAAAUGCGAGGCCUUCUUCGCACAUUCGCGCAGCUCUCCAUCAAUGCCAACACUAAGACAUCGCAGCUUUACAAUCCACGCCCGCUGCUCACUUUUCAGAACCCCUUUUCCACUCAAGGCGGCGGUGGUGGCGAUAAAGAUGCGGAUUGGACGCUCCAUUUCGGCGGAGCCGGGUCUUCUAGCCCCGACCCUAUGAGCUGGGAUGAGGGCUCCUCGUCCUGGUCCACUGGUCUUACCAAGGAACAUUUUGACGGUGAAGUUGUGGGGAAGAAGGUGGGUGCUCCGGAUCCUACCGAUUCCCAGCCCCGCGCUCGCCCAUCGGGCCGGACUCAGCGCCCGGCUUAUUCGGAUGCAAGGUGGACGGAUGAUGAACUCGUGAGAAUGAGGGAAUUGGAGGCCGCGAACCGUUGGGGUAAAGGAUUUGUUGAUAGCUGGGAUAAUAAAAUGCACGAGACGACCAUGUUGCUGAAGCAGGUGCGGGAGCCUGGAGCCAGGGGGUCGUACUUGAAGGAUUCUGAGAAGGCAGAAAUGUACAAAAAGCAUAAGGAGAAUCCAGAGGAGUAUACUGUGGAAAGGUUAGCAAAGGAAUACAAGAUUAUGAGGCAGAGGGUGCACGCAAUAUUGUGGCUGAAGGAACUUGAAGAGGAAGAGGAGAAGAAGCACGGGCCACUGGAUGACUCUGUCGAGAUGUUGCUUGAUACUUGUCCCGAGUUUUUUGUCUCUCAUGACAGAGAAUUCCAUGUUGCUUCCCUGCCAUAUAAACCAGACUUCAGGGUCAUGCCAGAGGGUUGGGAUGGCACCACCCGGGACCCUGAUGAGGUCCUCUAUGAGAUAUCAAUGAAAGAGGAUGAGAUGUUGUACCAAGAAUUUGUUCAGAAGAUGAAUUUCAACAAAAUGAAGUUGGCGAAGAAGGUGAAAUGCCACAAAUACAGCAGGAGACGCCCAUCUGAAGGUUGGAAUUUUACGGUGGAGAAGCUAGGUUCACGAAGCAAGCGUGGAAACGGGGGUGGCUGGAAAUUCAUUAGUCAAGCUGAUGGCUCCAGCAGGCCUCUAAAUGAUGACGAGAAAAUGUUUGUGAAAAGGGAGACUCCUCAGAGGCGCCGGAAGAUCCUCCCAUGAUAGGCAACAAAUAAGUACAAUUGACUAGACUUUUUUAGCCUGGAUCUCUUGUGGUUCUUACAUGCUUUACACUGGAUUGAGGCAUCCUUCAUAUUUUUAGGUUUCCUUAUAGAAGACGAGCAAUCUUAGAAAUGAACAUCGACAAGUGCUUUGAUAAAAGUGUCUAUUUUGUGCUGCUUCUCUGUAUUGAUGAAGCUCGAAAAUUUGCAACGCAUUUGUCAAUCGAUGCAUUUUGAGAUCUA